ACAAAAUUCAUUGAGAAAAUGUCCGAAAAGGACAGCGAAAACGACGCCGUGGUGAAUGAAGUAUCAGAAACCUUUCACCUUCCACAAUCCCACCAGGUAAACGGCGGUGACAGUUGGUGGGUGGCGCCGUACGCCUCAUUCCAUCAAUCGCCGUCGCCACCUUCCUAAAACGACGUCGUAUCCACCACCCUUUCCUAUUCCAAAAGAAAAACAGGGUAUUCCCCUCGCCGAUCGUUUCUCCUCUUUACUCUCAUUCCAAUUACUUUCAGAUACCAAUGGCGUCUUCUUCAGACUCGUGGGUGAAGGAAUAUAAUGGAGCACUGAAACUUGCUGAUGAUGUCAGCGGUAUGAUUUCUGAGGGGGGUUCAUUUCCUGCAUCUGGACCAGAAACCCAGCGUCAUUCAUCUGCUAUAAGAAGGAAGAUUACUAUAUUGGGGACCAGGCUUGAUAGCUUGCAAUCUCUUUUGUCCAAGCAUCCCGGAAAGCAUCCCAUAACUGAUAAGGAGAUGAAUCGUCGCAAGGACAUGCUUGCAAAUUUGAGAUCAAAAGUUAAUCAAAUGGCUUCCACAUUGAACAUGUCAAACUUUGCAAAUAGAGAUAGUUUGCUUGGGCCAGAAAGAAAACCAGAUGCAAUGACCAGAACUGUUGGCCUGGACAACAAUGGACUUGUUGGACUUCAACGUCAAAUUAUGAAAGAACAAGACGAUGGCCUUGAGAAAUUGGAGGAGACUGUAGCAAGCACAAAACAUAUUGCAUUGGCAGUGAAUGAAGAGCUGGAUCUGCACACUAGACUCAUUGAUGACUUGGAUCAACAUGUAGAUGUCACAGAUUCUCGGCUUAGGCGGGUGCAGAAGAACUUGGCAGUUUUAAAUAAACGAACCAAGGGUGGUUGCUCCUGCCUGUGCAUGCUUUUAUCUGUUGUUGGUAUAGUGCUUUUGGUUAUUGUCAUUUGGCUAUUGGUCAAAUAUUUGUAAUGUAUAAAGUACCCAACUUGUCAAGCGUCUCCUUUUGUCUUUGUUUCUGAUGUGUGCACUGAAGCAUCAUAACCGGGUUUCCGGGUUUCCUGAUUUCUCUUGGUACUUUUCCAAUGUCAUGGAAUUUGUUGAGGUGGUGAAAGGUGUUGUAUUGUAAUUGGCAUAUUCAAGUGUUUGUAUAUCUUGUGUUCUUCCCUUGUACAAAUAUGAAAGUUAAUGUGUUACUGACUGGAGUGAUGAUGUGGUCGAGUUUUCACACAUUGCUAUGUUAGAUUGUGCUAAAGUAUUAUGUGUUUGACUUCCAU